AUGCUAAGCAAGUCUUCUAUGAAGACGCAUGCUCCCAUGAUCGAUCUAGAGUCCUCAUGUCUGGUCCGCGACCUCUACAAAGCCAGCAGCCAAGGGCGCAUCGAAAUAAGUGUCAAGCCCUUUGUGAGACGAUUCGCUCUGAGCGUGAGCCUUACGCUAUCCUAUGGCAUAAGAAUCGAUUCGUGGAAAGAUGAGCUACUGCAAGAGAUACUUGACGUCGGUUCGGGAAUUUCUUUGCUCCGGUCAGCAUCGGAAAACUAUCAAGACUACGUUCCUUUGCUCAGAUGGCUCCCCAAUCGAAAGAGACAGCAAGGCAUCGACUUAAGAGCAAGACGAGACCAAUAUGUGAAACUCUCUAUGGACGCAGCCAGAGAGCAGAUCCGUGACGGGAUUGACAUCCCAUGUGUGUCUUCUGCUGUUCUCAAGGGCGAGGAAACAACUUUGACCAAGAUGGAAAUCGGUUCUAUAUGCCUGUCCAUGAUAUCUGGUGGAUUUGAGAGUGUUCCAGCAACAUUUAUGAUGUGCAUCGCCUCCUUGGGAACGGAAGAAGGGCAGGCCUUCCAAGAACAGGCCUAUCAGAGUAUUAUCAACUAUUAUUCAACGGUUGAAGCGGCUUGGAGCAGCAGUCAUCGGGAGGAGCAGAUUCCAUAUAUCAAUGCUCUGAUCAAAGAGACAUUGAGACAGUUCACGGUAACACCGAUGAUCCCCCCUCACCUUACCGCCUCGGAUAUUAGCUGGAACGAUGCGGUGAUUCCCAAGAACACCAUCAUACUCGUGAAUGCUCAAGCAGCUAACCAUGACAUCAAACAAUAUGGGUCAACCGCUAAUCGCUUCGAUCCCCUUCGCUGGUUAGAGACGAAAGACCCGAAAAGGAACAAUUGGACGGACAGACCAGCGACUGGCCUUCAGCAUCUCGCCUUUGGAGCAGGGGCGCGGAAUUGUGUCGGCGCUGGGAUAGCCAACCGGAUGUUGUACACAGCUAUUUUACGUACUAUAUGUUGCUUCCAAAUUCGCAACAGCAAAACCCGGCCACCCAACACGGACCCUGUAGAUUACAAUGAGGCGAAGUCAGCACUAGUAGCACAUGCCAAAGAUUUCGACGUUCAUUUCCAGCCUCGUUCUGGUGUGGAUAUAGGCAGUCUCCUGAGAGAGACUAAGCUUUAG